AUGGCCAUAUCUGCAAGUAUUCGGAUUAAAACUCCCACGGAUCCGAACACUAUUACUUUACAAGUUUGUAAUCAAUACCGGAAAAUACUUGCAGAUGUACACUAUAGAGAGGAAGAGAAUCUUUAUCAACUUCAGCAUAGAGCCAAUGCAGAAAAGAGUGUUGUGGAAUUUGAUACCAAAAUUGGGCAAAAGCGGGUAGAUGACCCUGACCAUCAAAACAAGAGAAGACGUCGUGAGGCCAAUCCUCUGGAAAAACAUUUGAUUACGAUAAUGUCAAAAG